UCACAUGGGAUGGAUUUUGCGUACGAGCUGCUGAGAAUACAACCUACCCGUCGCCAUAAAUAAAAGAAGGGGGCCAAUGCUCAUGCGCGCUCUGCAGAGGACGUUGAUAUCCUCUUACCCUCAUUCACGUAAACAUUCACAAAUAUCAAGCUGUGGACUCAUCUUUUCACACAUCCUGCAGAUGAAACAAACUGCUCUGUCUUCACAGGGGAAGAUGUCCACCUGUGUCCUACUCACUGCCCUCUUUACCCUUCCUCUCGCUUUGGGUUGGGUCAUACCAGCGGAAAGAGAAGAAGUCCAGAGGUUGUGUGCCGGGAAGGAAUUUCGUCUUCCGGUGUACUCCACGUCCAGAACAGUGACUUUUACGCCAAACCCUGAUGGACCGAGGCGUGUCCUGCUUGAAAAAACCACGGUGAAGGACCCACGGUUCGAGUGGACCAGAGAUAAGAUGUUAGUCCUGAAAGAAGUGACUCACAGUGAUCAGGGACUUUAUGCCAUCAAACUGUACUCUGGAUUCACCUACGAGACUGUUCAUCUAGUCGUUUCAGAAUGCAUCAAGUCUUACUACAGGAACUACGGGGAGAACUUUGAGCACCACAUCCCUGAAAAUGGCUCUCUUCUGGAGUUUUCUCCCCGGGGUGCCCCACACGAGGCCAUGCCCAUUGUCCUUUGGAACCGGACAGACCCCGAAACCAGCGAUUUGGGGCGAGGUCGGCUGCUGCGGGGCGGGAAGAUCUGGGUGGCCGAGAGAGUGACGCAAGCAGACCAAGGCAACUACACCGUGAAAGACAUGCAUGGGAAGGCGCUGUCUCGCAGCACGCUCACUGUCCGUGGGCACUCCUUCAAUGUCACCCGCUUCACCAAGGAGUCUCUAAACCUGCCCCUCUUUCUUCCUGUCCCUCAUGCCCACCUCAUUUUUACCCCCACCCGAUACCCCGAUGAAUCCUCCCUGGGCCCUUUCGACCCCAAGCCCCCCCGCGGCCCUGUGCAGCUGAUUCGCGAGGGCCAGAUAACAGACCACGACAUGCGCUACAGGGGACUCAUCUCCCUGGGCAGGAACGGUACCGUCAAUGAGGUCGUCAUAGCGAGGCUGACCUCAAGGCACAAUGGGCUGUAUGAAAUCAGGGAUGGCGAUGGCAACCUGGUGUCCUCCACCAUUUUGCAGGUGAUCGAAAAGGGGGCAAGAUGGCGAGCACUUCUUAAGUCCAUCACUGUCCCCUCUGGGAUGUUUGUGUCACUGGCUGGUUUCAUCCUGUUUAUGAAGCGCUACCCAAACUGCAGCCUGUCGCAGAUCAUCGCCGGCCUCAGAGCGAACCGCACACCACCAGCCAACCCUCCGAGAGUUAACAUUCAGGACUACAGUCGGCCCAACCCUGAGCCCUCAGGCUACUACAGUCACUCUCAGCAACCUGGGACACCAAGAAAAUGGACCCCAAGAGCCAGUCCAACUCAUACUGGUUACGCUCCCGUUAUGAUUGGUACUCCGAGAGCUGAGAAUCAGGGAACAAACAUAUUGAUGGCUGGGAGCUCCCCUAGUCGUAAUGCAACCACUGAGCCGGACACAUCUAGUGAGGAAGAGAGAAGGAUUUCCUUUCCAGUACCCGGAGUUUCAGAUUGUCUCCACUCCUCCGAGGACUGUGUUCAAUUCCAGAUCAAGAAAGAUGGAGAUAAAGAAAGGUGGAGUAAAUCACAAGAAUACUUUUCCACACUUCCGCUAGAGGCGGACACCUCAGAAUCCUGCAGUGUGUACACUUCAGAGAAACUGAACUUUUUAUAAACCAGAGAAUUGGAGCUGAAACGAAGGAAGAAGAAAUGUGAGGCAUGGAGAAACAACAGUUUGGAGUUCUCCUGUGGAAAAGAAAGAUCUCACCUGUGCCUUUUGCAUCUUAGCCUAGGUUUAAUGGUAUGGUAUCAACAUUGCAUGUGAUUGUUUUUCAUGUAAUUUUACUGAAGCAUGAGUGGAGCAUUAGCCUUCCUGUCUCAUAUUAUCCACUUCUUGAUACUGGCUGAUGGUGCUCCUGAAAUCUCCUGCUGUUACCUACCUCCAGACCCUCAGGACCAAUAUUACCUGCACUGUAUUUGCUGAAUGUCUGCUCAUGUAUGUUUGUGUGUAUAAUGUGAUCUCUAGGGCUAUGUAGAUAUUAGAGUUGUGAUACAAAAAUUUACUAAAGGGAAUUUUUAAGCACUGUACAAUAAUGUAAGGUUAAUUGAAGUGUUUUUCUUCACCCAUCCUGUUAACCUUUCCUCUAACAACUAAUUAUCAUGUUAAAUGUCUCUUCUGCAAUUUAAUGAUUUUUUAAUAUAGUGGAUUAACCUUCAAGAUAAUUGUAGAAAUGGAUAUGUGAAAUGUAACAUGUUCCACCAAAUAUUGCAAUAGUCUAUCAAUCUGUGAACUUUGUGCACAGGAUAUCUUAUCACCACAUCUUUUUAGUGACAGAAGAGGUUGGACUGCUGCUUCUGAUAUUUUUGCAAUAUCAAAAUGUUAUCUCUCAAACAAUAAAAUGUAUCUUUAA